UAAAAUACGGAGCAGCAGCAUCCCACUUGCACCCAUCUCCAUCCGUCCAUGUCCAUCGAUCGAUCUACCUCCACCCCGAUGUCAUCCGCCGCCCGCCCCCGUAGUUAUUCGUCCCGCUGCCGCGCUGCGCCCUGCCUGCUACCACCUCCCAACCACUCUCCCCCCACCACCGUCGCCGCCUCCUCCUCCUCCACUUCGUCGUCGAGUCUCCCCACCAAAAUCUUUUUUACGGUCCUCGCCUCCCCCGGUCUCUUCCUCGUCCUCCCGUUGCUUCAGGUGAGGUGACCACGCCCGUCUCUUCUUGUCCUGUCCGGGGCCGUCCCGAGUUCUUCCUCCUCCUUGACUCCUUCCCCUAUCCGUGCACGGAUCUUUCUUGCUGGUUCGGUUGGCUCCGUGGCUCUCUUUCUUUCGUCGCUUUGCCGGUUUCUGCGCCGUGCGGAUUUUGAGCCGAGGAUCCUGUCUAGGACCGUGUGCAAAACUAUCAAAUGUUUGUAGAUGCUUUGAAGAAACCAACAGCAAGUAGCUUGAUCAGAAACCGUUCCCACCUCAGAGGACGUCAAUGACUGGAUGGUUUUUGAAGAUUCCCAGCUGGAAGGGCUCGCCUUUCAUACAAAUGAAUGCACGGCGCAAAUGUCAUGUCUCUUCAUUAUGCUUCAUUAUGCUGUGGGUGCUUGUGUUACCCAACCUCUGGAUAACAUGCAGUGGCAGUAUUCAGAAAUAUGUUCUCCCACCAGGGUUCAGUGGCUCGGAAAUGGAGUACAUUGAUAACAGUGGAAUAUUUCUGCUCUCUAACGGCUCGGUGUUUGGCUUUGGUUUUAUCACCAGUGGUCUAUCAGAGAGCCCAUCCUACCUUCUUGCAGUGGUCCACCUGGGCACCACUACUGUCGUCUGGACUGCAAAUGCUAACUCUCCUGUUUCGCAUUCGGAUAGCUUUGAGUUUGACAAGGAUGGCAAGGCCUACCUGCAGUCUGCAGGCUCCACUGUCUGGACUGCCAAUAUCUCUGGCAAAGGUGCCUCUAUGCAGCUGCUGGACUCCGGCAAUCUUGUAGUGCUCGGCGAAGAUAGCUCUUCUCCUUUGUGGCAGAGUUUCAGCUAUCCAACAAACACACUUCUGUCUGGCCAAAGCUUCAGUGAUGGGAUGACCCUUGUGAGCCAUUCCACCGGACAGAACAUGACACAUACACUUCAAAUCAAGUCCGGGGACAUGAUGUUGUAUGCAGGCUUCCAGAACCCCCAACCAUACUGGUCCGCACUGCAGGAUAAUAGGCUGAUCUUUAACAAGAAUGGCGCAAUCUACUCUGCGAACCUCAGUUCAACUUCUUGGUCCUUCUAUGAUAAAUCAGGUUCUCUUCUAUCACAGCUCAUCAUAGCGCAGAAGGGUGAUGCCAACACCACAUUAGCUGCUGUCCUCGGUGAGGAUGGGUCGAUUGCCUUCUAUAUGCUGCAGAGUGGGAAUGGCAAGACUAAUCUGCCAACCCCAAUCCCACAGGACUCGUGUGACACGCCAACCCACUGUAAACCGUACUCUAUUUGCAGUAGUGGGACAGGAUGCCAAUGCCCUUCAGCCCUCGGCUCUUCUCCAAACUGUGACCCUGGUCUCAUAUCACCUUGUAAGUCAAAAGAGGCGUUUCAGCUGGCUCAACUGGACAGUGGAGUUGGAUAUAUCGGUACUAGUUUCACCUCACCUGUGCCUAAGACAAACAUCACAGGUUGCAAGAAUACUUGCAUGGGAAAUUGCUCAUGCAUCGCCGUGUUCUUCGACCAAAAAACAGGCAAUUGCUUCAUUUUUGACCAGAUUGGUAGCUUGCAGCAGAAAGGUGCAAGUAAAACUAAUUUUUCAUCUUUCAUCAAGGUAUCUAGCAGUGGCUCAGGGCAAGCUGGGAGUGGCAGUGACAGUGGAAAUCACAACAUUAUUAUUGUUGUCAUUAUAGUCGUAACUUUGGCUGUCAUCGGUGGCCUUGUUUAUGUCGGUUUCUUCAUUUAUAGGAGGAAGAGGUAUCCUCCAUCCUCACAAGAUGAGGCUGGUUCAUCAGAAGACGAUGGAUAUCUGCAGACGAUAUCUGGAGCACCAGUGCGGUUCACUUACAGGGAGCUCCAGGAUGCAACAAACAACUUCUCUAACAAGCUUGGCCAAGGAGGAUUUGGAUCUGUAUAUCUGGGAACACUCCCAGAUAGCAGUCGCAUUGCUGUAAAGAAGCUGGAGGGCAUAGGCCAAGGGAGGAAAGAGUUCCGCUCCGAGGUGACGAUAAUUGGCAGCAUCCACCAUAUCCAUCUAGUUAAACUCCGAGGUUUCUGUGCUGAGGAUUCACACAGGCUUCUUGCAUAUGAAUACAUGGCGAAAGGGUCACUUGAAAGGUGGAUUUUCCGUACCAAGGAGGAUGAUCCCCUUCUGGACUGGGAUACAAGGUUUAACAUUGCACUUGGAGCAGCAAAGGGGUUGGCGUACCUCCAUCAGGACUGUGAAUCGAAGAUCAUUCAUUGCGACAUCAAGCCUGAGAAUUUCCUGCUUGACGACAACUUCCUUGUGAAGGUAUCUGACUUUGGCCUUGCCAAGUUGAUGAGCAGGGAGCAGAGCCAUGUUUUCACGACGAUGAGAGGCACGCGGGGCUACCUCGCGCCCGAGUGGAUCACCAACUACGCCAUCUCAGAGAAGAGCGACGUAUACAGCUACGGGAUGGUUCUGCUCGAGAUUAUCAGCGGGAGGAAAAACUUUGACCCCGUGGAAGGCUCAGAAAAGGCCCAUUUCCCGUCCUUCGCUUUCAAGAAGCUGGAGGAGGGCGACCUUCGCGAGAUCCUUGACGCCAAGCUGAGGUACAACGACAAGGAUGAGCGACUGGAGAUCGCGAUCAAGGUUGCUCUGUGGUGCAUCCAGGAGGAUUUCUACCAGAGGCCGUCCAUGUCAAAGGUGGUCCAGAUGCUCGAGUGCGUCUGCGACGUGCCCCAGCCACCGAUAUCCUCACAGAUCGGAUAUAGGCUCUAUGCGAAUGCCCUCAAAUCGAGCAGCGAGGAGGGCAUGUCGUCGGGGAUGUCGGACUACAACAGUGAGGCUCUGCUUUCAGCAGUGCGGCUCUCUGGUCCUAGAUGACAGUAUGAAUGAUGUGUAUAUUAGUGUGUUUAGUUAGGAUGUUGGUGUUCAAUUUUGGGGUAGGGCCUGUUGAUUUGGUGAUCAUUUGUUCACAUUGAUGUCAUGUACAUAUGUUGAUCAUUAUUUCAGGUGGUACUUUUUUAUAAUAGUUUUACCAGAUGAGGUUUGUUGUGGAAAUUAAUAUAUCUUUUUGCCAUA